AUGUCAGCAUCCAAGUAUGCUGAAUGGUCGAAAGACCAGCUCAUAACAAAAAUCUUAGAGUUGGAUCAACAGUUACAGAGAAGCUCUGCAGGAAACACACAACAGCAAGCUUCCUCAACUGGAACUCAGCAGACCGUCCAAAAAGAACUAGAAACAUCAGGUAUUCAUAAAAAUGAGGACUCGAAUGCUUCUACUCAGCAAGCAGCUUUGCCUGCCAAGAAAGUGAAACCUCCACGCCCUUUCCAACUAGAAAAAACGAUCUUUUUGGCUUUCAGAUUUGCUUAUUGCGGCUGGGAUUAUAAUGGAUUAGCAUAUCAGACUGAACCUACACCUUUACCUACUGUAGAAGGAAAAAUAUUCGAAGCUUUAUUGAAAGCUCAUCUCAUUGAGAGUCCUGCAACAUGCAAUUUCAGUAGAUGCGGCCGUACAGAUAAGGGCGUUUCUGCUAUGGGCCAGGUCAUUUCGCUAAACGUGCGACAUUCCGAACGAAGACCUAUUGUCUAUUGCGAUGUAUUAAACAGAAUAUUACCAUCUGAUAUUCGAAUCACAGGAUAUGCUGUUCCUCCUCCUGAAUUCAAUGCUCGCUUCUCCUGUAAACAAAGACAUUACAAAUACUUGUUUACAAAGUCUUAUCCCGGUGGAACAUUGGACAUUGACCGGAUGAACGAGGCAGCCGCCCUCUACUUGGGAGAACACGAUUUUCGAAAUUUUUGUAAAAUUGAUGCUUCAAAACAAAUUACCAAUUAUCAUAGAAGAAUUUUAAGCUCAAAAAUCAUUUGUGUUGAUCCUACAACCGAGCUAUAUGCAUUUGAUCUGCAAGGAACGGCUUUCCUUUGGCAUCAAGUAAGAUGCAUGGUGGCCGUUUUAUUUUUAGUUGGUCAGCAUUUAGAGCCUGUUUCAAUCAUCAGUGAUUUAUUGGAUAUCCAGAAAGUCCAAAGUAAACCAAUAUACGAUAUGGCCAGUGAGUUUCCAUUAAUUCUAUACGAUUGUAUGUUUGAUAAUAUCGAAUGGGGUUUGCCAACAGAUGUCGAGACAACAGCCCCCCGUAUAACGAAACAUCUAUAUGAAAAAACCUACCAUCAAUGGCAUACUCUUCGUAUUCGUGAGCAGAUAGCAUCCUUCAUGCUGGAUAUAGCUAAUCAGAGGAUUUCUCAAUAUGGAAUUUUACAAAACACCGGAAGCAGCGUGAAUAUCGGGGAAGGAGAACUUAAAACAUCUAAAAGAGCGCGACAAGAGUCUGUUGAGGUCGUUAAUGAACGUUAUAAGCGUAAGAAGGGACUUGGUAAACCUACUGUUUCUGAAGAAGUAUCAUCAAUGAACGAAGAUUAA